GUCAGGUUUCAGAACAAGAGCACACAGGUGGUUGCAUGCGAGGCUGUGUCAGGCUCUUCUUUCUGCCACGGAGCUGUAACCGUAUGAAAGAGUCUGCACAUCGGCUGCCUUGUGGAAUACAAACCAAAGAGCGUAGGGGAAAAGUCAGCAAACCAAAGUGUCUGGAGUUGGACAGGUGAAAGUCAGGGAUGGGAACAAUACCACUUGACAUUAGGCGGCUUUUGGAUGACUGCGAGCUGUUUGUAUCGUCGAUCCUUCAAGACGAGGCGCUUGGUGAAAAUGCCCGUGAGACACGGAAGGUCUUACUGAACAACUUCAGGGUCGUCCAUGUCAGAAACCCUCAAGAGUUCCCCUUCCCCCCAUCGGACUUUAGGGACGAGGACGGUUCUGAUGACAACCGCAGUUCCAGUCUGGGUCGCUCUGGCCCAUCGGACGACGCCUCAGUGGCCUCUGACUACCAGGAUGAAGGAACCCCUGAGUACUUUGGUGACAUCCUGCCUGUCGCGGCGCAGGAGAUCGGCAGCAUCUGGAAGCAAGGCCACCUGGAGAAGAAACGAAGGGAUCACAGCUUCUUCGGCUCGGAGUGGCAAAAGAGAUGGUGUGUCCUGAACAAUUCAAUAUUCUACUACUUUGGGAGUGAAAAAGAUAAGCAGCAGAAGGGUUCCUUUUAUAUCGUCGACUACAACGUGCAGCUGGUGACCAACAUGAGGAAAGACUCCAAAAAAAACUCCUGUUUCGAGCUCUUCCGCCCCGGACGGCGAUCUUUCCAGUUCACUGCCAGCAGUCCCCAAGAGGCCAGAGAAUGGGUGGACCAAAUCAAUGUCAUACUUAGAGAUCUCCGCUCCACCUCCAUCCCUUGUGACGAAGACGAGGAGGAAGAGGAGACCUACGAUGACAUCGAGGGGAUGACCGGCACCGCCCAGUCCAAACUGGGAGGGGGGCGCAAGGCGGGGGAGGGCGACGAAGAGGGCGAGGAUAUCUACGAGGUGCUGCCAGAUGAGGAUUUUCCAGAUCGGACAGCUGAGAGCAGCGAAAAGCACAACAAACCAGCUUCGUCAUCAGAUUACGCCAACUUCUACCAGGGUUUAUGGGACUGCCCGGCCGACGAGCCCGACGAGCUGCCCUUCCAGCGGGGAGAUCUCAUCUACAUCAUUAGCAAGGAGUACAACAUCCACGGCUGGUGGGUCGGAGAGCUGGACGGCACCGUGGGCAUCGUCCCCAAGGACUUCCUGCACCCGGCCUACAUCCUGUGAGCCACCCCCCCAACAGCGCUGCAGCCGACGCGUCCGGACGUGAAUUUCACAGUUAAUCUUUUGUAAUUUGAAAAGGUUUUCCUCCCUCCAUGAGACUGUAAGUUGUAACAUGUUCAUUUUAAUACGCAGCAGUGCGUAUUACAUGCACACUAUGAACCAUAAAGACCUCACCUUUUUUAAUAUUAAUGUGCAAAACCGCAGCUAAAGCCGACAGGAAAUAAGAUCAUUUAAUAUAAUUGUUUGUCAUUUUAUCAGGAAAAGGCUCUCAAAACGUGAGGAUUGUCUUCUAUUCUGUUUUAUAUUAUUAUAAAUUGAAUACAUUUCAGUUUUUGACUGGUUUGACAAAAAAGUGAUUUCUUUCUGGUAAAUUGUGAAUAUCUUUUAUUUUUCAUAGGCUGAAAGAUGAACUGAUUAAUCAGAACAAUAACUGAAUAAUCAAUAAUAGAAACAACUGUUCGUUGCAGCUGUAUUGAAAAUUUAUUAAUUAUUAUGGACUGAUACAUUUAUCAAUUCACUGGUUAAAAUUAAAAAUAUGUUGAUUGUUAGUCGCUUUCUUUUUCUUGUUCCAUCACUGGAAUAAACCUUUAAUAAAAUAACAGCAGAUGUACAUAAUGUGGAGUUUUACACUGAAAUAUAAACAUUUCAACAGCC